ACCAAUAAACUGUGGCCUCAGAGAGAGCCUUCUCAAGAACCCGUCUUCACACACCAAAGUCCAAACCAUGGCCACUGUUCCCCAAUCAUCAUGGCUUUGUUCUCUCAGGCCCAUCAAAGGCGGUGGCUCUUCAACAUCAGGAAAUCCCAGACACUGCACAUUCAAGACGCUCAAAGUCUCAUCAUCUUCCAAUGCCGAAUCUUCGUCACCCAAUUCGUCAAACUCCCCAGAAAAUUAUCCGGAAGACGAACCAGCCGAGACCGACCCCGUGAAGAUUGCAUUAGCGAAAGCUAAGGCGUAUAAGAAAUCGAAACCGACUUCCAGAGUUGAUCAAAACGCAGUUCCAGAGACAGCUGAAAUAGCGAAUCGAAUUGAUGGUUCGUCUUCUGAAGGUGGGAAUGGUGGAAAUCAGGAACUCCCAGUUGCUGUUAAACUUGCAAUGGAGAAAGCAAAAGAGUAUAAGAAGAACAAAGGUAUUAUGGGUGGCACUAAAAGUGUGGAGAGGACUGAAACAAUUUCAGGAUUGAACGGAGGGAAUGGGGGGAAUUCAGGAAAUGAAUUUGGUGAGAAGAGGGUUGUUAAGAAGGAAGAACCAAAGAUUUCAAGCAUUGAUUUUAUGGGGCUUGGCUUCUCGGAUAAGAAGCAGAGCAGGGGACUUCCAGCUGGGUUGGUUCCAGUAGCAGACCCUUUUUCAGUAGGAGACUUGCCUGAGGUGGAGAUCAUUGUUGGUGACACUAGCAAGUUCGACGAUGCAACGGUGUCAGAGCCAAAGCCAACACAGGAAGACAACUCAGAUCUAUACAAGCCCAAGGUUUCUACAUGGGGAGUUUUCCCCAGACCUAGCAACAUUUCCAAAUCGUAUGGUGGUGGAAGAGUCAUUUGUCCUGGGGAAGUGCUUGAAAAAGCAGAAGAUAAAGCUGCCAAAGAUGAACGUACAAGGAAAUUAGUUGCUGCCUACAAAAGCCAAAUUGGCUUGAAUAUUGAUCCAAAACUAAAAACUGAAUGUGAGAAGGCAAUGAAGGAUGGUGAUUAUCUGAUGGAUCUUGGAAAGCUUAAGGAAGCAUUACCCUACUAUGAGGAAGUUAUGGCUAAGUUGCCGUUUAAGAGUGAAAUUCACGGGUUAGCUGCUUUGCAGUGGUCUAUUUGUCAAGACUCACUCAGUAGGGCCAACGAGGCUCAAGUUAUGUAUGAGAGGCUUCAGUCUCAUCCAAAUGUUAAAGUGAGCAAGAAAGCAAGACAAUUCAUGUUUGGAUUCCAGGCCAUGGAAAUGAUGAAGGUGAGGGACUCGUAUCUUUCUCCAUUGAAGAUGGGUUACCAAAACUUUUUUGAAGCUUUUCUUGAAGAUAAAUCCAACUACCCUUUGAAAGAGCCUGAGGUUAAAGAAGGUGAACUGGAUCAAGCCCUUCCAUAUAUCAUAUUUCUCGCUUCUCCCAUUCUUAUUAUACUACUUAUUGCUGUGCGAAAAGGGAUAUAAUUUGGAGAUAUAACACUUCCAUCAACAGGCUGUGCCCUCCAAAAUGUACAUUAAUAGUUUUCUUGUCGUGAUAAUAUCGAUCAAGUGGUAGAUUGAGUAGAUGAAAGAUUCUCCAUUAAUUAUUAUUUUUGUUGGUAAUUAAAGAAAAAAUAUUCUCCAUUAAUUAUUAA